ACUGUCCGCGAGCACGGAUCGACGUGCUGUCCAUUUUCUUAGCUGCAGCCAACUCGUAUAAAUACAAAGUGUCAAACUAAAGAAGCGGCGAAAUAAAUUUACUCCUGCGCCGAAGCCAAGAUAAGCAAAGUGAUCGACGACUAGCAAUUUCCGGAAUACCACCAACUCGCGGUGGAGUAGAAAAUACUGCCAAGAAGCAGUAGGUUCGUGAAACAGAGAUAGAAAAGGCCCUCGCAGCAAGUCGCGGGUGUUUUUCUCCCGUGUGUGUGAGUGUAGUUGUGCAGAUUGUUGGUGUGCCCUGAAACCCGACAUCUCGGCACGUGUGACUGCCGUGGACUAGUAUCUGCAAGUUUCGCCCUUCUUUCCGAAAAAAAAAGAAAACAACUUCCAUUCCAACAGCCACCCCCCCCAUUUGUCGGUGGAGCUCCCCCCAGAAAGGUUCGUUUGCGCGCGAUGAGACACCAGUAUCUACUGGUGCUCACGGUAGCGCUAUGUGCGCUCGCCGUGGGCUCCAGUCCGGCCCUGAAGUCGGACCUGCCGAAGGCGAAGGACCCGCUGUUCAAUAAGAUGCUUGCGGAAAGUGACCCCUUGAUUCCGGAUGCGCACGAUCCACGCUACAACAAGAUGCUGCCGGAUCCGGAUGAGAACGCGAUCGACAGCGCUGAGGACGAGGACGAGGACGACUCGGAUCUCGACGAUGAGCCGGUCCUGCCGAAGAAGGCAGCAGAUCUGAACCCCAAGUACGCCCAGCGUGCGAAACAGGACAAAUCGACCGGUCCAACAACGAUCAAUCAGGUGAAAAUCAAUGACGACAUCGAUAGCUACGAGGAGAUCCUUCUGAACGGAAACGGCAAAGGAGUGCUUUACGACGAUGAGUCUGUUAGUGAAUCAGACGAAGAGAGUGGCUCCUCCGAGGUUAACAAAGAACUGACCGAUCCACUUACAUCUUCUAAUUCCACCAACACCGAUAAGACUACCAGCAGUGCUGAAAGUGAUGAGCUUUACAACGAUGAGUCCGGAAGUAAAUCGGACGAAGAAAUUGACACGCUCGGGGUGGACAAAGUUCUGGUCGACCCUCUCAAAUCUUCCAAAUCCACCACAACCUCAACCUCAACCACCACCACCGCUAAGCCUAGCAGCAAUACUGCAUUUGAUGAUGAUAUUUACAACGAUGACUCCGUUGAAUCAGACGAAGAGGAUGACUAUCCACUUAAACCGAUUCCUGGGAAGGAAUCAUCUAAAAGCGUGCCCUCGACGAGCACCACCACCGUAAAGCCGACCGGCACAACCAAAAAGAUGAACGUAGAAAUUCUCGAUCAGUACGACGAUGAUGCCGAUAUGGAAUAUCAGUACAUCUACGACGACGAUGACGACGAUGUCGAUGAUGAUGAGGACGACGAAGAUGAUGAGGAUGAGGCAGAGGAUGCGCAAACGGAAGCGACAAACGUGGCAAGCGCGGUCGAAAAGGAAGCAAAGAAGCAACCGAAACCAGCCAAGAAGACAAAGGAGCAGAACAAAACCGCUAACAAGGCGAAUGACGCUGAGUAUUACUACGACGAGGAUGAAGAUGAUGACGAUGACUACAACGCUGAUGCGGGCAACACGACUUACUGCCCGCGUGGAUGCAUUUGCGAGCGCAACAUGCACGCGUACAUGGUCGCUACGUGCAGUCGGUUGGAUCUGGAGACACAAAAGUUCGCCUCGCACAUCACCGACCUACAGGUCCUCGACGUUGGGCCCAAGUUCCCGAUUGAGUUGGGACCGGAUUUCUUCAAAAAAAUUGGUCUCAGUCACGUAGUGUCGAUCAAGAUCACCAACUGCACGAUCGUGUACAUCAGCCCGCAAGCGUUUGCCGGUCUCGAUGAGCUGUACUCGGUCAAUCUGUCCAACUCCGGCAUCGACAUGAUCCACCCGGACACGUUCGCUAACAACACCAAGCUGCGCCUGCUGACGUUGUCCGGCAACGAUCUGAGCGCCAUGCAGAGCGUCAACCACAACACGCCGUACACGGACUACAUGCUGAAGGCGCCAUCCGUCGAGGAGCUGGAUAUUUCGCGCUGCAAGCUGCAGGAGCUGCAACCGAAUGCGUUCAACGAGCUGAAGAACAUCAUCUACAUCAACCUGUCGGAGAACAACCUGAGCAACCUGCCGGAGGGUCUGUUCGAUAACGUAGAAACGAUCGAGGAGUUGGACCUAUCGACGAACAACAUUGCGGACCUGCCGAGACACAUCUUCGCCAAGACGUCGCUGGCAAUCCUGCACUUGAAGCACAACAAGAUCAGCAACAACGUCGACUUUGUGACGGCCGAUCUGCAGAAGCUUGAUCUGAGCUUCUGCCAGAUUCGAACGAUCAACAAUCAGAUGUUCAAGGGCAUGGACGGGCUGACCAAUCUGAUCCUGAAGGGCAACCAUAUUGAGAAAAUCAAACCGAUGGCGUUCAUCUCGCUCGGCAGCCUGCGCCAGAUCGAUCUGUCGUACAACAAUCUCGAGCAGAUUUCCGCUCAAACGUUUAUCGGCAACAAGGUGCUCGACAUCGUCCGGCUGAACAACAACCCACGGCUGAAGCGCCUUCCGAACGAAGGCUUCGAGAGCUCCUACAACGGUACGUUUGGUGUGUACUUCAUGGACAUCUCGAACUGCGACAUCUCCGAGCUGGCGGACAACACGUUCAAGACGAUGCCGCACCUGACGCGCCUUAAUCUAGCCUGGAACAACCUACAAACCAUUCGGCCCGCCGUCAUGGCUCAUCUGGGCAAGUUGAUGGAUCUGGACCUCAGCAACAACAUGAUCACGGAUCUGGACGAGAAAACAUUCCAGAUCAAUCGCAAUCUGAACAGCUUGAACCUGGCCGGCAAUCAGAUUUCCAGCCUGUCGAGCAAAAUCUUCCACCCGCUGCAGUACCUGAGCGAGCUUGAUAUCAGCGACUGCGACCUGCGCACCCUCUGGGAAGACUCGUCGCUCAAUGCGAAGCGUGAGGAAGUGCUGCCCAAUCUGAGGCGUCUGAAUGCGUCGUACAACGAAAUUGCCGAGGUGUUCGUAUCGGACCUCCAGUCGAUGGCGAAGCUGCGUGUUCUGGACAUCCGCAACAACACGCUCAGCUGCACCGACAACUUGCAACCACUGAUCAACUGGUUGCAGAAGAAGCAGAUUUCGAUGGCCGAUAAUGGACAAGAUCACGUGACGCAUGCCGAAAUGAACGUGCUGCGUACGGAUAACUCGGUCUCGCUCAAGCAGUGGAGCCAGUUUGCUUGGGAAAUUUGCCAGGGUGGUAGCGGUGGCGACCCGGACAAGACGCUGACGUACAGCGAAACGGAGGAAGACUACGACGACGACGACGAAGACGAUGACGAUGACGCCGAUACCGAUGCCGAUGUGCUUGCGAAGACGAGCAAGUCGAACAAGGUUGUCGACAGCAAGAACAACGAGCUGCUGGACGAUUACUCGAGCGAGUCGGUCGAUAGCGACAGCGCCGACAGCGAAGACGAUGACGACGAGGAUGAGCAGGAGCGCGAAAACAUCCUUGACGACGUGAAGGGUAUCCAGAAGAUCGAGGAAGAGAUCCUCACCGGAAAGCACCACCUGGACGUGAUGGAUGACGACAGUGAAUACGAGGACGACAGCGAGGGCACUAACGCGGAUGACGUUGUCAUCCUGGAGAGUGGCACGUUCUACGCCGUGUCGUCCUUCUGGAUUGUGGUGGCGUGCAUUCUGUUUGGUCUGUCGAUGAUCCUGUUGGUGGUGGUGAAGGUUCUGACCGUCGUAAUGAAGCGACGUGGCGAACGUUACCGUCAGGCUCUGCUUGCCUCGAAGAACUCGUUCGUCUAUCAGAAGCUGACGGAGGAUGUGGCAGCACCGAAAACACCGAAGGUCCACCGGUACGCACCGAUCAAUCAGGUGUAAACGAGUGGUGGUGGAUCCCGUGUGGAUGGAAAGUCCCACAGUACGCCCCGCGCAACAGUCAACGAAGUGGCGCGUUCUUAGAUUUCGUAAAACAUACGUGAAACAGUAACGGUUUAAUUAAAGUAGAGAGAAGCAUACUUUAACAGCUUUCACAACGGAUCACCGAGCUUCCCUUCGACUACUGCAGCAGCAUUUGAUCGUAGCGCAUAUACGUAAUGGGAGCAUGUUAUUCAAAUACUUUUUUGGUCAUAUUCAACCAGUUUUGAACAGCGAAAAACAGCUUUGACGUACUUAUCAGACAGCAAACCGGGGCAGCAAGCGAAGAAGGCGCAGAUUAUUUCUUCUUAUUUAUUAAGUCCACCUCCUGCUAACUGGCUUAUCCUUUCUUCCUGAUGUUUCCCUUUUAAUUUGCAACGUUCCUCAAGAUGGACUGCAUCUUGCUAAGUGAUUCGCACAUAUGAAGUUUUUUCGAUUCCCAAUCCGCCAGCUUCAUUAGGCUGAACCUACGGUGAUCCGGAUGGGUUGACUUUCCAUUACUUAAGCUACGCGUACCGUGCAUUGUGCAGCUGAUGAGCCGUAGUAUUGUAGUUAUAAAUGCUAGACAGUUACUUCGUAUGAUGAGUUUAUUACGGUCUUCUUCCAACUGUAACCUUUAGUUCCAACAAAAUUUGAAAUCUUCCCGUUCCAAUCGUUUGGCAAGCGAACGGGAAAAACAUACAUUAAACAACUAUGCAGCACAAAGCUUCGUUUUUUUAGUGCCAUUUGAUAGUGAGAUGCUUUUUCUUGAAUUAUAUUCAAAGUACCCGGUGUUGUUAUGCUGCAAUAGAACCGAAAAAAACCUACUUAACCAUAAAUAAUCGAAAACCGCAAGAAAACAUGAAUGGUCCUCAAAAAACAGUAAAAUACUACACGGGAGCGCUCAUUCCAUAGAAGCAUUCGAAGCCUGUAAGGCCCGAUAGUUGGGCGGCCGGGCAGGUUCUCCGACAGUAUCAGAUCCGAUAGCAUCGUUCCAAGAUUCGCGCACAUUCAAGAAUUUUUUUUCUUCUUACCCCUCCCAUUUGAACCGCGAACAGAGAAAAAUGUCCAACCCGUACAGUAAUUGUGUAUUUUUUUUAUUUUCUUUUUUAAAUUAUUGAGGUGUCUACCGAGAUAAACACAAAAUGAUUUGAUGAAAUAAACCUUUCGUCAAACCGGA